AUGAGUGCCGAGGAGCGUUACGAGGAUGAGAUGAUGACUAUCUUCUGUGAAUACGAGAUGAGAGCUCGCAGUUUCGCUGUCCCAUCGGACAGUAGCUCCCCGCCUAAGAAGAAGACCAAGCACGCUGAGAGGGAUGCCAAAUCAUCCCGCUACGAGCGUUUCUGGAUACGCUGUGAUGACUUGUCGCCUGUCAGCACUGUCGCUAAGCUUUUAG